GCGCGGCGCGCGGCCCCGUGACAUCGCCGGGCGCCUUUAAAGGCACCGCCGCCCCCCGCCCCGCCCGGUGCGUCCCCGGGGAGGGCCCGCUGCCGGGGCUAGGCCGUGUCCCAUCCCGCCAGGCCCCCCAUUCCGCCCGGCAGGUGUAAACUCCAAAAGCGUCUUCACUUCAGGCUAUGAUGGGAUCGUUUUGGUUGUUGCUGCUUUACAUCCACAUGCUAUCACCAAUGUUUGUUGGAGGUGUCACCCGAGUCUAUUACCUGGGGAUCCGUGAGGUGGACUGGAACUAUGCUCCAACAGGAAAGAACGUACUCGCUAACCAAAGCAUUGCACAUAACCUGAAGGCCUCAACAUUCCUCCAGCGUGGCAAAGACAGGGUGGGAAGCACGUACAAGAAGUCUGUCUAUAAGCAAUACACAGAUUCCACGUACACCACUGAGAUUCCCAAACCUGGCUGGCUGGGGUUCCUUGGGCCUGUCAUCCGAGCAGAAGUGGGGGAUACCAUUAAAGUACACCUAAAAAAUUUUGCUAGUCGACCAUAUACAAUCCAUCCUCAUGGUGUUUUCUACGAAAAGGACUCUGAAGGAUCCCUGUAUCCUGAUAUGUCCCCCCAGGAUCAGAAGAAGGAUGAUGCUGUUUUCCCAGGAGGGAAUUACACCUAUGCUUGGACUGUCCCUGAAGAUCACAGCCCAACUGCUGAUGACCCAAACUGCUUGACCUGGAUCUACCACUCUCAUAUUGAUGCACCAAAGGACAUUGCAUCUGGAUUAAUUGGGCCAUUACUUACAUGCAAAAAAGGAAUACUGACUGGCAGUUCUCAAAGACGCCAGGAUGUGGACACUGAUUUCUUUCUGAUGUUCAGUGUGGUAGAUGAGAACCUAAGCUGGUACCUGGAUGAGAACAUAGCAUUGUUCUGCACAGAGCCAGGCUCCGUAGACAAAGAGGAUGAGGAAUUCCAAGAGAGCAACAAAAUGCAUGCUAUUAAUGGUUAUGUGUUUGGGAACCUCCCUGAGGUGACGAUGUGUGCUGGGGAUUAUGUUUCAUGGCACCUCUUCGGGAUGGGCAAUGAAAUUGAUGUUCAUACAGCCUACUUCCAUGGAGAAAUGCUCAAUAUUCGAGGCCACAGGACAGAUGUGGCCAGCCUCUUCCCAGCCACUUUUGUUACAGCAGACAUGAUCCCCAGUAACCCUGGCAGAUGGCUACUGAGCUGUCAGAUCAAUGAUCACAUACAAGCUGGGAUGGGGGCACUCUAUGAAGUCCGGCCCUGUUCUCAGCAAGCUCCAGCAUCCACCCUGGAAGGGAGAGUUCGGAAAUACUACAUAGCUGCAAAGGAAGUGCAGUGGGACUAUGGACCUUCAGGGCUUGAACAAAGCAGUGGGAAACGGCUGAGUGAGGCAGGCAGCCCUGCUGAGCAGUUUUUCAAGCGUGGCCCCUACCGAAUUGGUGGAGUCUAUUGGAAAGCAAAAUAUGUGGAAUAUACUGAUGAGACGUUCCGUGAGGAAAAGCAGCAAUCAGAAGAAGAGAAACACCUUGGGAUACUUGGUCCAGUGAUCAAAGCUGAAGUUGGAGACACUGUCCUGGUGAUGUUUGUUAACAAAGCCUCCUGGCCUUUCAGCAUCCAGCCUCAUGGAGUGUCCUAUGGGAAGGCGUGGGAAGGGAUGCGGUACCAUGACGGUCUGUCCCAGAAUGGGGUUUCUGUUGCACCGCUGCACAACUUUACGUACCGCUGGACUGUGCCAAAGCACGUUGGGCCCAUGUCCAGCGACCCUCCUUGCCUGACCUGGAUGUACAGCUCGGCUGUGAAUCCCAUCAGAGACCCCAGUUCGGGCUUAGUAGGGCCUCUGGUCAUCUGCAAGCCGGGCACUUUGGAUGGCAACAACAAACAGAAAGGGAUCGACAAAGAAUUUUACCUUCUCUUCAGCGUGUUUGACGAGAACGUCAGCUGGUAUUUAAAUGCAAAUAUGAAGUACUAUUUGAGGAUGGAAGACACUUCUGUGAAAAAGGAGGAUGGCUUCAAGGAAUCAAACAGGAUGCAUGCCAUCAAUGGGUUUAUGUUUGGUAACUUGCCUGGGCUGAAUGUGUGUGAAGGAGACAAUGUGUCCUGGCACCUUCUGGGCUUGGGCAGUGAAGCAGAUGUACAUGGAGCUGUGUUUCAGGGCAACACCCUGCAGGUGAAUGGAAUGCGGAGAGAUUCAACCAAUCUGUUCCCCCACACAUUUGCUACUGCCUUCAUGCAACCUGAUAACAGUGGGAUUUUUGAGAUCUACUGCCAGACGAGCAAUCACUACCAGGCUGGGAUGAGGGAACGCUACUUCGUUUCCAAGUGUGGAAAAAGGGAUCCUGCUCCUGCCCUUCAGUACAAAGGAGUGCGGACAUAUUACAUCGUGGCAGAGGAGGUGGUGUGGGACUACGUGCCUGACCGAAGCUGGGAGAGGGAACGGCACAACCAUUCUGCAGAGAGCUACGCCGAUGUAUUUUUGAGCAACGAGAAUGGACUGCUUGGCUCCAGGUACAAGAAAGCAGUUUACAGGGAGUACACUGAUGGGACUUUCCAGACCCCCAAGGCCAGGAUAAAUGGUGACGAACACCUAGGGAUACUAGGCCCUUUUCUGUGGGCGGAAGUGGGAGAUAUUCUCAACAUCGUGUUUAAGAACAACGCCACACGACCCUACUCCAUUCAUGCACACGGGGUGCUGGAAAGGGAGACGGGACAGCCGCAAGUGGCAAACCCUGGUGACAUUGUGACAUACCGAUGGGAAGUUCCUGAGAGAUCUGGUCCAGGGCCAAAUGAUUCAGCCUGUGUUCCUUGGAUCUACUACUCCAUGGUGGACCCAGUAAAGGAUAUGUACAGCGGUCUGAUUGGACCCCUGAAGAUCUGCCGGAGAGGGGCACUGCAGUCUGAUGGGAUCAGGAAGGAUGUAAAGAGGGAGUUUGCUUUACUGUUCCUGGUUUUUGAUGAAAAUCAGUCCUGGUACUUGGAGGAGAAUGUGGAACGUUACAGUAAGGGAAAUCACAAGAUCAACCUGCUGGAUGACAAAUUUGUGGAAAGCAACAAAAUGCAUGCAAUCAAUGGGAGGCUCUACGCGAACUUGCCUGGGCUGACCAUGUUCCAGGGAGAGUGGGUGAACUGGUACCUGCUGGGAAUGGGUCAGGAGAUUGAUGUCCACACAGUCCAUUUUCAUGCUGAGACCUUCAUGUACAAGAGUGGCAAAAGCUACAGAGCAGAUGUUGUGGAUCUGUUCCCUGGGACCUUUGAAAUGGUGGAGAUGUUGGUUGGGAACCCUGGGACAUGGCUGCUUCAUUGUCAUGUGUCUGAUCAUAUCCAUGCUGGUAUGGAGAUAGUCUUCACAGUCUUGCCUAGACCAGAGCCAGCACUUGAAGUUGUAAACUACAGCGCAGAGUUGCCACCUGAGGAUAAGGAUGAGUCCCAGAAGAUCAUGUUUUUUGGAGCUAAGUUGGCUCAAGGGCAGAUAGAGGCCACAGUCAUCACUCUAGCCAUUGCAGGAAUGGUGCUUUUCCUGGUCGCCUGCUUCCUCCUGGGAAUGGUCAUCUAUCUUGAGAGACAAAAGAGGUUAAGACGCAAUCGGAGGUCCAUCCUGGAUGACGGAUUCAAACUCAUGUCUAAAAAGAAUUCAGGGCUAUGAAAGCCAUGUACAAACUGCAGGUUGUGUGCUUGGAGCAGAGGCUGGAUGGUUGCCUACAGCAAAGUUUUUUGGGGCUUCAUUUCAAUUGUACACUGUACUUCUAGAAGCUAAGGAGGGAAAGCUGGAGCCCUGACCUCUUCAUACAUCUUCUUCAGCACUCUGUAAAGAAAAAGUCCGUCCAGGAGAGGUCUGAGGACCCUUUGAACUGACUGAAGACAAGUAAUGAGUAGAAAGGUGCUUCUAAAAUACUCCUCUUCCCCAAGAAAGAGAAGAGACAUUUCCCCUAUGUUCUUCUCUCCAGAAUAACUCCACUUGGUCUUUCUCAGCAGACUAGCUUAGGCCAGAUUCCAGUCUUGCUCCAUUGCCAGAGCUGAGUUGGGAAUUGUCUCCCAAGAAACUGUGAGCCUUUAAAGUAAUUAAUCUGAAGGGGGAAGAUAGUCUUUUCAUUUUUGUGAAUCAAUUAAGAAUACAGAAAAGAAAAUGUUAAUUUAGAUUUGGAUUGCUGUUUUUUGAUGAGUAAUUGGACAGAUGCAAAUUCAGGGCAGCACAUGUCAUGGUGUGAGAGAGCUCCAACAAGGACCAUGGCAACAGCUGUGCCAGCCUUGCUGUGGCACAUCCUUUUGCUCCCAGUACCCCAGGCAAUGUGCUUUGAUAUUGGGCAUCCUGUGUCUUGUGCUGGGAGAAGAAGCUUUUCCGAGUGCUGCAGAGCAUCAUGUUGACUUCCCUGCAUUGCAGUUCUGUCGGUCUGUGUGCAUGAAGGGCUGUACCUCAGCACCUGUGCAGCUCCUUGUGCAACAGGGUCAAGGAUGCUGUGAUGUUCUGUGAUGUGGCUUGCUCUCAUUCAAAUACAUUUCAUUGAAGUUAUCUCCAGAGUUGAGCUGUUGCCAUGUUACUGCUGUGAGCCAAGCCAAAGACUCAGUCCUGUGUGAGCUGGAGUUUAUGCUUGGGACAGAAGAAGUCAGGGAGUCCUUACCCCAUUGUGGUGCAAUGGCAGGUUUGUCCAGGCAAAUGUGGCAACAGUGAGGGAGAAAGCUAAAGUGUGGUGGAAUUUAGCAGUGCAGAGUGAAUAAGCUGCAGUCUGUGGAGUGUGAGGUAGUGCAGCCUGAGAUAAGGGAAUGUUUGCCGUAACGAGGGGUUGUACUAAGGGGAGCCUUGCCUUUUAGAUAGCACAGAAUCGCAGAUGUUAAGAGAUGGAGUGGCCUGUCUUGAUAAACAAAUGCUCGUGGAGCAUUGCUGUCUACUGAACCCUCUGUGGCUAAUGACAGUACCCAUGGGGAGAGGAGCCAGGUGCUGGGGGGAGCCUGCUUGGAACCAGGAGGGGAUGGGGACAUGGGGCUUCCCCUCCAGCCCUGGGGGUGCCUUUGGGUUGGGGUCAGGCACCUCCUGGUGCCUGCUCUCUCUGCUGCAGCUGCCUGCCAGGAGCCAAACUGGAGGGGUGGGUGGUGUAGCCCAUGACUAACACCAGAGCUCUGUAGCCCACCCCGCAGGCUGUGGUAGUCGUCCUCCAGUGGCAGCCAUGCCCACACACAUCACAGUCACAUCACCCCACAUGUCAAGUACCAAGCAGUUCCCUAUAAAAUAUCUAUCUUCCUGGCUCACCCACCGAAUCCCCAUUAUCUAAAUGGAUGCAGGUUAGUGCUUACAUAUUUCUGUCCCUGUUUUAAAUUGAAAAGGGCAUAAAAGAAAUCCUUUCUGGGUGGCUUUCAGAGGCAAUUAAAGCAGAGCCAGCUAAAUGGCUGUAAUGACAAGUGACUGCUGUAGGCUAUUUAGGUAUAACAGUACCAUUUUAUUUAGAACAAUAGUCAUACUUAAUCAUGCUCAAUUCAUGUUGGGUCCCUGCCAAUUUCCAGCUGCCCUUUCCUCUGGCUAUGGGGACAAAGCUCAUUAAUUUCCUUUCAUUUCACUCAUUAAGCCUGGUGAGGAGCUAGAGGGCUGUUGAAUGCUCUGAACAUAGGUACUCUUUGCUCAUUGUCGACCCUGGUUCAGCUGCUGUUGCAAACCAGAAGUUUACAAGCCCAGCAGUCCUGGGUGAAUUUUAGAGCUAUGUCAUCAGAAGUAAGAACCAAGCACGAAAAGUUGUGGUUUGUUUGUUUGGUUUGGUUUUUUUCCCCUCUCCCCCCCCCCCCCCCCCGCCUUGUGAAAAAAUAGAUCAAAAAAUGUUCUCAGCCCACACUGAGACAAAGGAGUUAUUGUAAAUGUAUUUACUUUCUUCAAGAAAACAGAGGGCAGUCACCCUUUCUUUAGUUCUUCAGCCAGUAGCCAGGGCGCUAAGCUGGAUGACAGCGGACUUGGGUUUCAGCAGUGGCUGUGAAGCAGGGCAGCACAGGGACUUGGAGCUGGGUCUCCAGAUUUGCAUACAUUCCUUAAACAGCAGGCUGCCAAAAGUCCUCCAAUGUCGUGUUUUUUGGGCCAAGUAGAGCAUCGGUGGCAGAGGUCUCUUCUCCAGCGUUGGUAGUUAGGACACUCUUCAGCCCGCACCCUAGAAGAGGCCUUGGCUGAGCGGCUGUUUUGGUGAGGACUGUGUCCUCUGAUAAGCAAUUCCACCCCAGACUGAGAAAACUCAAGGGAAGGCUUUGGACAAAACAGAUCAUUUUGCUAAAACCUUCUGUUGCAACAAACUGUGACGAAGAACAGUUUAUCAGCAACUUCACAACUGUCUCUAAUCAGAAGUUGGCUGUCGCAGCUAGUGGGCAGAGGAGGAGGAGGAGAGAUGUUUCACAGUUCUGGUGACUGAGCUGGAGCCGCAAACAAAUGUGUGUUUGCUUUGGCAGCAAGCCUUCUGUCUGAGCAUCCUACAGUGUCUUGUUUGUGCUUAUCCCUGAUGCACAUAUGGCUGCCAAGGAGCCCACCUUGCUGUCUUUUUGAGCAGGUGACAGGAUCAGGGUCUUGGCACUGCUGCUCCACAGGGAGACACUGGGAUGGCAAUAGCUCCUGCGCUGAGCUGAGGCAGUAGAUUAUGCGAGUGCUCCCACUUCUUUUGCCAGUGCAAAAUAAACUAGCUAAGGUUAAACUCUGUUCUGUAGUGGUUCAAAAUAAAUCGUUUGCAAUAAUACACACUAAAAAGGAUUAGAAGUGUUCAGGUCAUCCAUUAGCAUGGCUCAGCUCAUAGGGACGGAAGGACAGAAAUACACGUAGACAUGCUUUUAGAUAGUUUGCUAUAGGAAACUUAAAAAAAACUCCACAAAAAAACCCACCCCACUUUAAUACGUGCUGCCAGUAUGAGUCCAGAACAAGUUUAUCUUUGUGGAGGAACUGGCCUCUCAGGUUUUGUAUGGGAUAAACAUAAGCAGCAGCUAAUAUUUUCUGUUGUAUUCACUUUAGGUAGUGCUUCUUGUCUGCAGUUCCAGGCCCCAAUUAGAUGCAAUAAACUUUUGAGAAGUUUGCCUAGAUGAUCACUCACCCAUUUAAAGUUACCCACACACUUGCAGGCUGUCUUAGGUGACAGCAAAGCUGAGUUACUCAUUCAUAUGGCAGCAGCUGGACAUUUGCAGCAGGGCUGAGAUGAAUAAUCCCUUUAUUAGUGCUGUCAUCUUGUUCAGUAAUGGGCACAAUCACCACUACAUUACUCUAGCAGGCAGACAGUUGCGUCCUUGCUCCAUGUCAGGGCUGGGCCAGUGUUCAGCUGAUGUUCCUUUGUACUCCCACUCAUGCUAUAGAUGCGAGAGAUGUGUGAGUCAAAAGCAGGGUGCUUUUUGGAUGUGCACAUGGAAGUAUAAAAUGCUGUCUUGAUUUUUUUUCUCAAAAUACAAAGGUUAAUGUCAAAUUAACCUGAGGCACGCCAUAAAAAAGACUAACACUGGUAAUUGUCAGUGAAAGGAUUUGAAUGUCUUUCAGGUGUAAUGCAGUCUUUGGUUCUGAAUUAAAUGUAUGGCUUAACAUGCAGCUUGUUUUGUAAUAUAUAAUCGCCAUGUAGACCGUU